AUGGAUUUAUCGUAUAAUCAGCAGCGCGUUGAAGCAUUAAGAACGACAGUAACAAGUCUAGCUAUUGGAACAAACUAUGAAAAACAGAUGUACUCUGCUGCACUGAAUCCUAAUGUCGAUGUUUUACGAAAACAGGAGAAGAUGUAUGAUGAAAAAAAAAAAAACGCGGUGUAUGAGGAGGAGCGGGAACCUUCUAAAACUGACUAUUUUGAGGGGUCAGAAAAAAAGAGAUAUGCUAUCAAAGUAAAAAAUGAGUGGGAUAUUGAUCGGUCGGAACCUGUUCGAAUUGGCAAUUUUGACAAUUUAAAAAAUCAUCCAUUGACAUUGUGCAUUGAUCUCGCUACUGAUUUUGAUGAAUACAAUCGAAAUCUUGAAGUGAAUUUUCAACGCUUAAAAAUUGUGUUUUGCCAAUGUGUUCGAAUUCCUACUACAGCUCUUCUUAUGGAAAAGAUCAAGCGAGGCAGUACACUGGUCUACUGUGUUGUUAUUCCGCCCCACGGGCAUACUGUUGCUGAACAGUUAGUCGUGAAUGACAAUCGCCAGAUAUGUAAUGCUAUGUCAUCUGGCUUGCAAACGCAUGUCAAAUCAGUAUCGUUGGGUCAUUUUAUGAAUGAGAAUGAAAAUGUGCGGGAAGCGAAAAUGAAUGAAAAAUGGAAUCGUGUGUACAUGAAUGCUGCGCUACCGUGUGCACAUGCAGUAUACUGGUCUGGUUGCUUGGACCGUGGUGGAAAACCAUAUUUCUUUCCAGCAGGUGUGUAAAUUUUUUAAACUUUUUGGACUACGACGGAGCUGUUCCAGAUAAUAAAAAGCUAUGGACUGAAGUUUUGUCUACAAAUAUAGAAAGCAUAGAUUGAGAAAAACUCAUGAUUGCAUGGACAUGAGCUGCGAUUUGGUCAAGAUAUUGGCUUUUCAAUAUAAUAAACUUUCAUAGCCUCAUUUGACGCAUGAAAUCAAGGUUUUGAGCUUUGACCUGAAAGCUCUCCAACGUCAAGGUCUCAUAUAGGCUCACCCAGGCGAGCAAACAAAUGGGGAGGACGGGGUAACAUGACUACACUGUAAAAAAAAAGGGUAGAAUAAUAAACCCUUUAAGGGUUUAUGAAAGUGCAACGUAGACUAAANGCCUCUAGUCAUGACUAGUUACCAUGACAAGAAGCGUCCUGUACCCAUGUCUAGACUAGACGGGCACGUUCCUCAAACCUUUAAUGUCUAGCCCGAUUGUCCAUCUACUCCGUCGCAACUAAGUCACAGGAUGGAAAAAUAAUUAAAAAAACAAAGAUAACAAGUAAAGUUGAACACAGAGACCGUCAUCAUUGAAUAAUUGAUGGCUGUUCAGGCUCAGACAGUGCAACAUCAUAUAGGGACAUGUUUACGUUGAUUUAUGGAGCCUAAAGUACAAGAUGACUAUCGUCUAUUCAAUUGACAGACGGGUAAUACUUUAAACUGAAUUAUUUUGACU